AUGUCCGAGAAGUUCGAGCCUCCGGUGGAUGCAGGCGAUUGCAGCUAUUUGUUCGAGGUCAGGCAGCUGGCAGACCGGUACCAGCAGAAGGACUUGAUGAUCCAAGCCGAGAAAGAGUUGAUGAAGCUGCUUUCGCCCGAGAACGUGCUUGAAUUUCUCGCACACGUCGUCGGCAGCGGUUGUCAGUUGGAAGCAGCAUGCUUGGACAUGAUCAGCGAAAACAACUGCAAGAUGUUGAAAGAGCGCAAAGAGGAGUUAAAGCAGAUCGUUGAACAGAACACGGAGCUCACGAAGGUGCUGAUGUGCCUCCUUGCCUCUUGA